AUGGUUUCUCAAAAGAAACGACUCUACGUCGCGCUGUACCCCAGCGGAGUUACCAAUAACGCAGAACGCAAAUACCACUGGGCCUUCCUGGUCGGACCCAAGGUCGAGGACGCCGAGGAGGUGCCCGGAAUCCGCUAUCACGUCAAGAACACUAUGCUCAAUGUAUGGGAAUAUGAAGAAGUUAAACUGCGCAACGUAAAAAACACCAUCAACUUGCUCGCUCGCAUUAUGAUUGGCAAGAUUGAAGACGAAGCAAGGCUGGUCAAGAUCUUCCAGGAAGUUCCUCUUGUCCAGAAUGAUGAAAACUGGAGAUGCCGUACUUGGGUUAAAAAUGCUCUGGCCGCAAUAGAAAAUGAUGGCAAGGCUGUUGGGACAUCCAUACUCGACUGGGAGAAGAUUGAAGCAAAAGCGAGGGAGUACGUUGGUGAAAAGACUGCUGCUGGCCGAUACAAAAAUAUAGAUGACCUGAAGCUCCCAAAGCCAACUUGGGACAUGAUUGACAACAAGGAAAAGCUGCCAUAG